ACAACGGCUGUCGAAAACGUCCUACUUCUGUGCUCGAACAGGUCAAGUCUCAGCAAUACAACAACACAGCUCCGUUAAAAUUUUCUCCAUUAUUCUGCAUAUGAUAAUUUUAUUAAAAUAAACGAAUUGCUUUCUUUGCAUAGGUCCGUGCCACCCGAAGGAAGCAAGAGUUCUGAAGUACUUCCAGGUUACUCAAUUCCAUCCAGAAAGCCAGAGUUAGGUUCGAACUACGUACCUUCCAAUUUAAUGGUUUUAUAUUUUAACCACCGAGUCAUUUCGAAACUGUAUAAUGAUUAUUGCCAGUCACUUCGCAGUUAAUCUUUGCACUCUGUCUGAUUAGUGGGGGAAUUUUCACCAUUCUCCUGCUAGUCUCAGAGGACUUGUCGCCAAUACCUUCCAAUGGAGUUGCUAAAACGUGACCAUAUCACAAAGCACCUCUAAAUCUACCACACUUUUACGCAAUCAACUGUUGCUGACUUGAUCAGUCAGCUUGGAAUUCAUCAGCAUGGCAGGCAUCGGACACUUUGAACAGUGAGCGGGAAUAGGAGAUGAAGGUAUGAAGACACCUACCCACAUAUGAAUACCACAAUACUAGGUGAGAGCUUUGCUGUUUACUCCACCAUAUGGACUCUGAUAUCAAACAACCGUUCUGGCGCUAUUCACCUCUUUAGAGUUGCUUCGUCCAUCAUGUCUACUUUUGUGCCAAACUUCUUGUUAAUCAUGUCACUCUCAGGAUUAUUUUGAUGUGCGGAAUAUGGUGCCUGUUCUGACAGGUACAACAGUGGAGCACCGCUAUUCUUGUUGAUGAUGGUGAGCUACUAUUAGUCACAAACUUCUUUAGUCGUCUUUUGAGAAUGUUUUCGGUGUUGGUGAAUGCUUGCUCAGCUUAUCAUAUAAACGCUGAAGGAGAGAUGUGAGGUACUAGAUAGCAUUUGGUGACUUCUGUAUUCGUAAUGAACUUUUUCCAGUCGUUUCAGCCGUCAGCUGCUUUCCAUUGUUCAGUACAUUCGCAAAAUUGUGUCAUAUUUCUGAGCGGAAACAUCGUUAGCGUUGCAUUCCAGGUAAUUCUGUAUUUGAUACCUGUCCAUUCUACUGACCCAGCAAUCAUUUCUCUAGUUUUCCUUCACCUGCUUCUUUUUACAUCGGGUGCCGGUGCACCGAACAGCUUUUAUUCGCAUCGUUAGGGUUAUUAUGAUGUCUGCCCACGACAGCAAACGACGCAAGAGGACAGACGCAGAUGCUGAACUUCUGAGUUCAGAGUUUGCUCAAAUACCCAACGACUUCGUAUGCGAUAAGCUCUCGAGGAACUUGAGAAUUCUCACUUUCAAUCCCUCAAAUGAACCCGCGUUUUCCGUUGUCAUUUUGGGAUCCAACGUAUCGUUCUUAAUGAGUGGGAAAGCCAGACUUGUGCAUCUUUUGGGCAGUCCGAUACACAUUCUGGGUGCAUCUGUGAAAGCGGACGUACGUGCUACUCAUGUCUUAUUUUCUCCCAUAUCUCAUGCUCCGAUCACCAUACGCCAAUUCGGCACAAAGGAAUCUUCGAAUGCUGUAACAAAAGAGGCCUUACAAAGGACUAUUUCAGAUGUUUUGUCAUCUGUCUCGCCCAGUAUGGUUGACCUAAUUUGGGAGGCUUGCACAAAAAUGGAACCUGAGGUGUCCGUUUUGCUAUUCCUAACCUACACUUGUCGGCUCACGGACUCGGUUUGUAGUGUUAAAAAGUUCAAAAAUCUGUACACCAUUCAGACAGAUUACUCCAGUCCCACUGACGCAGGCAUUGUCAGCUCUCUCGGAUUUUCAUUCUCUUUGUGCGACUCAACCCACGGAUUCCGUGUAUCGUCGGAAAUGGUACAGUUAGCAGAGCAUUUUGUGGCACUUAGUACGGCGCACUACGAAUCUUUAUCCACAGAAGUUAUGCAUUCUGCGUCGAAGCCUCCUACGUUACUCGUCGCGGGACCGAAAGGAGCAGGAAAGUCCUCACUACUACGAUUCCUUAUCAAUUAUUAUCUAACGGUUGGUGGUGCACAGUCGGAAAUCGCGGUUUUGGAUUUCGAUGUUGGUCAGCCUGAAUUCACUCCUAGUGCCUUGAUCAGUCUUACGGUCGUUCAGAAACCUUUGUUUGGACCGCCUUUUGUACAUCAACUGCUUGGAGAACCAAAGCCGUUGUGUCAAUGUUUUGUUGGCUGUAUCACUCCCUCGGACAAUCCGAAGUUCUAUGUGGACUGCAUGCACUAUGUGUUCGGGAUGUACCAGUCGAUGCCUGAUCCCAAACCUCCGCUUCUUGUUAAUACGAUGGGAUGGACUCAAGGCCUCGGUCUUACACUCCUAACUGAGCAAAUUAUUCUCGUCAAACCGGAUAUUGUUGCCCAGAUCCAACUUAAUGCGGACCAACCUGGAGCUCGCCAGAAUCUCCCAGUUAUGGAUGCAAACUUCCUUCGUUCCAUGGAAGGAUGGCACUUGCGGGACCUCUCUGACCAAGAAUUCAAUCACCAGGUUGCAGUCAUCCCCUCACUAUCCAGAUCUAAACACCAAAUCUCUGUACAAUCCAAUCUUGGUGCACCGGAUCAUCGGGAUCUAACUUUGCUCGCCUAUUUCGUCGCAACGUUAGCCAACGCACCAACCAGCUUACCUGCUCGUGGGCGAAACGAUCCUUUGGGUCACCCAGUCGCGCAUUUCUUGGAUUGUCUACCUUACCGUGUCCCCCUCUCCUGUCCCAAUCCCACAAGUUCCUCGUCUGACAACCCAGAUGGAUCCGCUGUGUCAAAAUUGGCGGAAUCGGUGGGGGAUGAUUUCAGGCUUGGAGUGUGCUUGAUACAACCCAAAUCCUCCUUGUUCCGGAAUCCGUUUGAGCUGUUGACGAUUGACGUAGAUGCUCUGUUAACGUGCUUGAACGCAACGCUUGUAGCACUAUGCGCGGUUCCGCCACAAUUGAUGGCAUUGACCAACACGACACCACCGUGUAAAGUCAUUCGUGAGAACCCCGUUUGCAAAUGCAUUGGAUUGGCUAUAUGUCGAGCCAUCGAUCCUUCAGCUGGUCUCUUGUAUCUUACCACGGGUAUUCCAGAUGAGGACCUUCUUGAAGUCACCGGGAUCCUCCGAGGAUUCGUUAAUUUACCACAGUGUUUCUUCUUAGAGCAGCCAAUCCCGGUCCGAUCUGAUGGUGAACCGAAACCAGUCCAACUGCCGUAUCUGGGCCCUGCGGAGACUCAAGGUCCAGGAAGGAUGAGCAUCCCUUCUAGGCGUUCUUAUCCUCGGACACAACACCAUGAAUUUCAUCGAACCGGUUCAUCUGAGGCCUAUGAUCAUUGCUAAACCAGUUCCUUUUUUCAUGUACACUAUUGAACUAAAUUUUGAUGCGCAGUACAC